AUGCCAGUCGCCGCAAAUAAAUGGAUUAAAUACAACAGCAGCAGCAGCAGCAGCAGCAGCAGCAACAACAACACACACAAGCAGACGAGAACGACGACGACAACGCAAUUGCGCUGCCAGUUGACGCUGUUGUUGCCGCUGAUAGCACUCUGCGUAUUGCCGCACGCCAGCAGCAACAGCAUUAACAGCAGCAGCAGCAGCAGCAACAACAAUGGCAACGCAAAUAUACAAUCAUUUGGCGAGGCCAAAACGCCUCUGGAACUGGAACAGGAGCAGGCGGAUGGACAUGGCAAUUCGCUGAACAUGAUACAGCGCAACUACAUGGUCAUGCAUCCGGCGGGUGCAGCGGCCGCGGGCAGCGCUGCUGUCGAGCACAGCGAUCACAGCCGCUCGCUGAAGCGCGCCUCGCUGACCAACACGAGCAUCACCUGCAACGAUGGCACCCACGCGGGCUUCUACCUGCGCAAACAGCCCAACUCGAAGAAGUGGAUUGUGUUCCUCGAGGGCGGCUGGCACUGCUUUGACAAUCGGUCGUGCCGUGCGCGUUGGCUGCGACUGCGCCAUCUGAUGACCUCCUCGCAGUGGCCAGAGACACGAGAUGUUGGCGGCAUAUUGUCGCCGCAUGCCGAGGAGAAUCCCUACUGGCACAAUGCCAAUCAUGUGCUGGUGCCCUACUGCAGCAGCGACUCCUGGUCGGGCACACGCACCGAGCCGGACACACGCGAUCGCGAGAACAGCUGGCGCUUCAUGGGCGCCUUGAUACUGCGCCAGGUGAUUGCCGAUCUGAUCCCGCUGGGCCUGGGUCGCGUAGCCGGCGGCGAGCUGCUGCUGGUGGGCUCCUCGGCCGGUGGCUUGGGAGUCAUGCUCAAUCUGGAUCGUGUGCGCGACUUCCUGGUCAACGAACGCAAGCUGCAGGUGACGGUGCGUGGCGUCAGCGAUUCGGGUUGGUUCCUGGACCGCGAGCCGUACACUCCAUCAGCGGUGGCAUCCAGCGAGGCGGUGCGUCAGGGCUGGAAGCUGUGGCAGGGUCUGCUGCCCGAGGACUGUGUCAAGGCGCAUCCCACGGAGCCCUGGCGCUGCUACUUCGGCUAUCGACUGUAUCCUACGCUAAAAACUCCACUGUUUGUGUUCCAGUGGCUCUUUGAUGAGGCCCAAAUGCGUGCCGACAAUGUGGGCGCGCCCGUUACGCCCCAGCAAUGGAAUUAUAUACACGAAAUGGGCGGCGCGCUGCGCUCCUCGCUGGACAAUGUGAGCGCCGUGUUUGCGCCCAGCUGCAUUGGGCAUGCGGUGCUCUCCAAGCGCGACUGGGUGAACAUCAAGAUCGACGACAUCUCGCUGCCCUCGGCGCUGCGCUGCUGGGAGCACUCGACGCGGCAGCGACGCAAGCGUCACGAUAAGCUGAAGCGCUCCACGGAGGCAACGACGACGGCGCUGCAGGAGCAGCAGCUGCUGCCACAUCCCAAUGCCAACAACCAAAGACAUCAGCGCCAUCGCCAGCGGGCACAGAAGCUGAACAAUGUGGCGCAGGCGCAGCCGCAGCGCAAACGCAACCAUCUGAGCAAGGAGCAGCGCGAGGAGCGCAAGCGUCGCCGUCAAGAGCGACAGCGGCGCAAGCAGCGACGUCGCCAGCAACAGCAGCAGCGCAAACGUGAAAACGAGGCGGCCGCCAACAGCAGCAAAAGCAACAACAACAACAACGAGCAGCGCAAGCAGCGACGCCGCCAACAGCUGACCCCGGAGCAGCAGCUGCAGCGCAAGCAGCAACGCCAGCAGCGACGCAAGCUGCAGCAGCAGCAGCAGCAACCGGAGCUGCAACAGGAGCAACAGCCGAGCGAGCCGCAAAAGCAUCGCGCCUCGAACAGCGCAUCCAAGCCGAAGCCGAAUCCGCUGCGGCAGCGGGUGCCGCGCGUGCCGGAAAAGUGCGGCCUGCGUCUGCUGGAGCGUUGCAGCUGGCCGCAGUGCAACCACUCGUGCCCCACGCUGACUAAUCCGCUGACCGGCGAGGAGAUGCGCUUCCUCGAGCUGCUCACCUCCUUCGGCCUGGACAUCGAGGCCGUCGCCGCCGCCCUCGGCGUCGAUAUGCACACCCUGAACAACAUGGAGCGCACCGAGCUGGUCAAUCUGCUGACGCAGCAGGUGAGCUGAAACGGUAGACCUGAGUUGAGCUAGAAAUACUGUAAAUAGUUGGCCUGUAUAUAGAUAUAGCCAUAGACUGUAUAGCCGACCCUCACAUUGUACAUACAUGCAUAUAAACGUAUAUAUAUACAUAUUUAUAUAUAUAUUAUCGGAGCUAUUCCAAUUCCUAAAUCAAGCAAAAGACAUGCGCAUAGUACCCAGUUAUUAAGCAGAAUUUAUUUAUAUAUAUAAACACACACUCACACACACACACAUGCACACACUCAUACGCAUACACACAUACUCGUAUUCGUAUUUAUUCAUUCGCAUUCAUUUCUGCGCAACGAGAAACUAACACAAAUGCAACCACAAGACUGUUUUUUAUGUUUUCUAUAUACAUAUAUAGUAUAUAUAUAAAUAUAUUUUUUUUUGUAAUUAACUAAAUACUUAAAAGCCUAAAAUACAUAAUUUAUUUAUAAUUAGAUCGUUAAGCUUAAGACAGGAGCUGUUUUGCAGAGCGUUUACGCGGAGUCUAGACUUUUUCAAUUGCCCGAAUGCCAAGUUUGAUGUUUGUUUGUUUGUUUUUAAUGCAAAUAUAUAAAUUAUUAAUAACAAGUUACAAAUUACAAAUUACA